GUCGUUCGCCGUGGGUCCACGCGAGUUCGUCUUUCGUGUCUGUCGUCGGUCGUCUGUGUCGUUUUUUAUUUUCACGGGGUCACGUGCGUAUUUCGUUUCCGAAGUCCGUUCGCAAUCGUUAUCACACCAUCGGGGAUUAACGUUGUGCAUGUGAGACCGCGUUAGUUUGUGCGGCAUUCGCGUUAAUUUCCCGCGCCGUCGGGAAAGAGCGCCUCCGCACCGGCAGCAAUGGAGGACUCGUGUCCCGUGAACAACGUUGCGCAACAGGCUGAGGCGCAGCGUUUCCGGAAACAGUCAAAGAAAAUCGGACGGAAACUGUCCCGCCGGCUGUCGCUCAUCACUAAAGUUCCCAACAUAUUUAACGUUAAGUUCGCUGGCUCCGAAAGUCCGUCUACGCCCCACAAAAUCGUCCAUGGCGUUUCCACGGCCGCCACCGACGGUACCAUCCUGCAAGCGCACGAGAUCACCGUUAUCGCUCCCGAUAAGACUCAACGAUUGAUGACGGGAUCUAGUGAUCAGACGAUUAAGCAAUUGCUGGCCGGUUUGGUAUUCGAAUUCAGCUUGGAACAGCCUGGUUAUUAUCUGGGCGGGUCACUAGCUGAAAUUGACGAAAACUCCACUAUUGAUUUUCUAGUAGGAGACAUUGUAAUUGUGCAAGAAGACCAAUUCCGUUCAGACCAAAAGCACGAAAACGAUGGAAGAUAUUGUCUUACUGAAAAAUUCAUUUACGACGAACUGGCAUAUAUUACAUGUCUGAAAUCCGCCAAAGAACUAUAUGGAGAGCCGUUGCGUAGAAUGGACAUCUUAUCCAUAGAAGAAUAUGAUUUAAUAUUUGACAAAUUAUUGAAAGUAGCUGAUAAAUGUAGCCAAGUUGUCAAAGAAAUACAAUCUGAUAUGGAAAAUUGGGAUCCAGUAUUUGCACAAAUAGGUAGUUUGUUUAGUACCAAUUUCUGGGAUCAUUACAAUGAUUAUCAAGACGUACAUCGACACGCUAAAGAGUUACUUCGCGAAAAGUCUGUGUUGGACGAGGACUUCGUGGCGUUUUGCAUGCAGAGGAAAGGAGCGGCCAAAAACUCUUUGAGGCACAUAAUCGAUCUUCCGGU